UGUGGGGAGGCAGGGCAGGGACGCAGUGAACGCACCACUGGCUCAGCUGAGCGGACGCUUGUGCAGAACACGGGGACGCACGUACCGCGACUACUGCGGAGCGGCUUCAUUCCUCUGCUGCCGGAGGAGAGGGAUUCCUGUCACUACUGCAGCCCGUCAGGAAGAAAAGAAGGAAAAAAAUACGACUGAGAAAAAACGAUUACAAGGUUCCCCUGAUGAUAGCCCAAGCGGAUGGUAGAAAGCUGUCGCCCUGAUUGCUGUUUGUCAGGCACAGCUCAACCUAAAGCAAGAUGUCAACCGCAGCUGAAAAUGGUACGGGAGGGCCUCGGAGCACUGGCAGAGAGAAAACGUACAAGAAGACCACGUCAUCGGCCUUGAAGGGAGCCAUUCAGCUCGGCAUUGGCUACACAGUGGGCAACCUCACCUCCAAGCCGGACAGAGAUGUGCUUAUGCAAGACUUCUAUGUGGUGGAGAGUGUCUUUCUGCCCAGUGAGGGCAGCAACCUGACCCCAGCUCAUCACUAUCCAGACUUCCGCUUCAAGACUUACGCCCCACUUGCCUUCCGCUACUUCAGAGAUCUGUUUGGCAUCAAACCUGAUGACUACCUGUAUUCCCUCGUAAAUGAGCCUCUGAUAGAGCUGGCCAACCCAGGUGCCAGUGGCUCUCUAUUCUACCUAACCAGUGAUGAUGAGUUCAUCAUUAAAACUGUCCAGCACAAAGAGGCCAAGUUUCUACAGAGGCUGCUACCUGGAUACUACAUGAACCUGAACCAGAAUCCACGCACACUGCUUCCCAAGUUUUACGGCUUGUACUGCAUCCAGUCUGGUGGCAUCAACAUUCGACUGGUAGUGAUGAACAAUGUACUGCCUCGCUCCGUCAAAAUGCACUACAAGUAUGACCUGAAGGGCUCCACCUACAAGAGGCGAGCGUCCAGGAAGGAGAGGGAGAAAGCUUGUCCGACCCACAAAGACCUGGACUUCCAGGACAUGCACGAGGAGGGGCUUUACUUCGACACAGAGACCUACAACAACCUGAUGAAGACUCUGCAGAGAGACUGUCGGGUCCUGGAGAGUUUUAAAAUCAUGGACUACAGUCUCCUGCUGGGCGUGCACGUCCUGGACCAGAGCCACAGGGACGGGGGGGAGCCGGGGCAGGCCGGGGGGGACGGCAGGAGGCCCGUGGGUCAGAGGGUGCUUUACUCCACGGCCAUGGAGUCCAUCCAAGGAGACGGGCGGGCUGCCGAGGCCCUGACCACUGACGACACGAUGGGUGGCAUUCCUGCCAAAACGCACAAAGAGGAAAAGCUGCUCAUCUUCCUGGGUAUCAUAGAUAUUCUGCAGUCCUACAGGUUCAUCAAGAAGUUGGAGCACUCGUGGAAGGCCCUGGUGUACGAUGGCGACUCUGUCUCGGUCCACCGGCCAGGGUUUUACGCCAGCCGGUUCCUCAAGUUCAUGACCACGCGCGUUUUCAGGAAGACUCACCCACUUCGAUUCUCGCCUUCAAAGAGGACUCGCACUUCCAUCCCUGCUCUGAAGUCGUCUUCACAGGAGAUCCUUUCAUCGCAGGCGGAUGAGAGGCAUGAGGAGGACAGGCGGGAGAGGCUGGGAGGGGCGCGCAGCCUGGCCAGUCUGGAUGGACAAGCUGUAUUUGGUUCAUAUCUUCGUCCGGAUUUAGUCCCUGCCAACCCCUGCUUCUACGAGGGCUCCUCCAUGGGGACCAUCUCCACCUCCUCCAUCUUUGUGAAUGUGGACAACCAAACAGAAGAGAGGGAGGACGUCGCAUCCAGCUCCACGUUCACCCUGGAGGACAGCGCGAUCUGCCUCACCUCGGAGCAGAGCACCAUGGAUGUGGACAUGGAUCGCGAUGACGGAUCCAUACUCGAUGUCUACUUGUGAAAAGAGCAGCUGGACAUCUUUCAUUUCCUCCUGCCAUGCAAAAGACAAUCGCCACGCUCCACUGGACGUGCCCGGCUGGCCUCUGACUCCACUGAGUGCUGCUAGAUCCACGUCGCCACUCGUAUUUGCCAACACGUAGAAAUAGAGAGAGAUUCUCUUUGGUCCACGGACCGUGACAAAGUCAUACUGAUACAGUUGUGACCAGAACCAUGUGACAUAAUGUGUAUUGUGCUGAACUUGAGGCUGACUUGAGUGUUGCUUUAUAGAGCAUCCAUAAAGUUUUAUAUAUGUUUACUGUUUUCAUGGUCAAAACAAAGCUUGGAGGUUUUUCUUUAUACCUGCACAAAUGCACAUAUAUAUAUAAAUAGAUAUCUAUACAACGAUAUCUAUUUAUAUAUGUACUUAUAGGUAUUUUUACAAGGGGAGGUUAGAUACAGACAUUUCCUUUUUGUUUCUGAUGAUCAGAAAGAUGUUAAAAAACCAAUGAGAAAUGUUUACAGCACAUUUAAGGUGGCAUCUUUGUCCGUACUGAAGAGGGACUCGACGCAGUCACACAGAGGACAAAAGCCAGUUUGACGCCACAGCCAACAUGGAUGAAGACUCACAUGGACCGACUUAAUUCUGCAGCUACAAAGCCCGAGCACAGACCGCGGCCAGCUGGUCCUGACCGGGCAGCUGGUCCUGACCGAAAGGAGCGAACUGCCCUGAAGUCAGGAUGGACAGCUACCAGGCGCAGAGCCGAGGGACAAUGCACUUGCUCUUGACAAAAAAUGGCACUUUUGAAAUUGGUUAUGAUUACUGUAAGAAUUUUUUUUUUUUUCCCAAAGGACAUUGCUUAGGUGGGCAGUCUACCUGACAUAAGCACAGAUUUGGAUGUGUGAACAUGCACUUUUUCUUUUUUCUUUACAAAUGCACACCUUUGUUUGUCAUCGAUACUACAUGUAGACAGACAAUGAAGGAAGACUUUGGAUCAUUUUUGAUGUGGGACUACUCGUUUGUGAGGUUUGCGUCAUAACUGAGGAGGCUUUUACUCAGGAUUUCCUUUGAUACUGAAUAAGUGUGUCCUCUACAAGAAGUUAUGGGGCAUUCUGCUCUCGCAGCUGUCUGAUACCUCUUCAUCAAAAUCACAUUCAUCUAUAAAUGUUCAACUCUACGAUCACACGUCGGUUGAGAUAAUUUAUUCUGUAAAUCUCAAUAUUUUACCAUUUGCAGAAAAAAUGUAAUCACUGAAUGUAAAGACAAUGCAUAUUUAUAUUUAGAAGCAUCCUAUAAAUAAAGCCCGUAAAGUCAAUG